CUGUGGACAAUGGUGGGUGGCUUCUCUCCCUCCUCUCCCUUUUCCCUUUAAUUAUGGAAAUGGAAAUGGAAAUGGAAAUGGUGAGGAUUUUGGGGAAGGGGCAGACAGAGACAGGUAGGGGUGAUAUUUGUAUGGUUGGAUGAUGGUUCCUGGGAGACAUGGACAUCCACCCUCCCCUCCUCUGCUCCCCUUUAGUGCACAGCCAAUAAGCCUGAGCAAAGAGGUGUAGAGCUUCAAAGGUAGUGUCUUGCGGGGUUACCGAGCUGCUGGUUCUCUUAUUCUUCUUAAACAAGAGGAGGAACGAUGGCGGUCGCCGUGGCUUCUGGGAUCCUGCGACUGAUCCCGAGCACGAGGGCGGUAGAGUGCGGCUUGCCGGUCCCUCGGUGCUGUUCCCUCCGCUGCUCCCUCUUCGCGGCUCCAAUCCCCUCAAAGAUCAGAUUAGAUUCUGAUUCAAUGCUGCUGAUUUUGAUAUUUUGGAUUUCUAGAUAUCAUUCUGAUGCUGCUAUAACUGCUCCUAGAGCAGCAUCUCCAAAAACUGUUGAGGAUGGGAAUUCUAAUGAGACCGACACAGUUCCUACUCCCAAAGUUAUCAUAGAUCAGGACUCAGAUCCGGAUGCAACUAUUGUUGAGAUAACCUUUGGCGACCGACUCGGGUCUCUUCUUGACACUAUGAAGUCCCUUAAGAAUCUAGGACUAAAUGUUGUCAAGGCUAACGUAUAUUUGGAUUCUUCCGGGAAGCACAACAAGUUUGCGAUAACUAGAGCGUCUACCGGCCGCAAAGUCGAUGAUCCAGAGUUGCUAGAAGCAAUACGCUUGACAAUUAUAAACAAUAUGCUUGAGUAUCACCCGGAGUCUAGCAGCCAAUUGGCAAUGGGAGCAGCAUUUGGAGUUGAGCCUCCUGGACAAGAGGUUGAUGUGGAUAUUGCUACCCAUAUCGAUGUUUAUGAUGAUGGACCUGAUCGAAGCUUACUUGUUGUCGAGACAGCCGACUAUGCUGGGUUGCUGGUUGAUCUCGUCAAGAUCAUCACAGACAUAGACAUCGCAGUCCAGUCUGGAGAGUUCGACACUGAGGGACUGUUGGCUAAAGCAAAGUUCCAUAUCAGCUACAAAGGGAAACCAAUCAUUAAGCCUUUGCAACUGGUGAUCUUCUCUAAUGUUCUCUCAAACAGCUUGCGUUAUUUCUUGAGGAGGCCUACGACAGAGGAAGCAAGCUUUUAGGCAUUUUCAGAGUUUACAGAUAUAUAUAUAUCGCAAAUCGAACACCUCUUUCCAUACCCAAACAGUUGGUGUCAAUGCAGGAGGCUUACAAAUUCUAUAUCGAAUCCAUCUGUUUUCUCAAUCUGCAGCCAAUCUUUUCAAGAAGAAGCAUAGAUCAAUGCCAUCCUUCCAAUGGAUCAUUGGGAACAAACAUCAUUUUCUUCUUGAGUUGUUGCAGUAAUUCUUCAAGGAGUGAUAAUUCAUCUGUUCGAUCUCGUUGUGACAUUUUUUUUUAAGAAAGCUAAUUAACAACGAGAUGGUGAUCGUAAUCCGAAAUAAUGGUUGAACUGCUGGUUUAGAUCUCAGAGAAAUGCAGAUUGCAG